AUGGAAAAAUUAUGCUUAGCUCUUGUCUUCACAACUCAAAAGCUGAGACACUACAUCCUUCAUGUAGAAACAUGGGUCAUUGAUAAGAAUGAUAUCCUCAAGCACCUCUUUGCAAAUUUUGAUCUCUCAGGAAGGCUGGCCAAGUGGGUGAUGCUUCUCUUUGAGUUUAAACUUCACUUAAUAACUCAAAAGUCAAUUAAAGGGCAGGUCAUUGCAAUUCAACUAGCUAACGCCCCCUCAGACAAGCCUUUCCCCACCUUAGACCUCUUCCCCAAUGAGGAUGUUCUAAUCAUUGAGCAAGACUCUAUAUGGGACAUGUAUUUUGAUGGUUCAAGGUGUCAAACUGGCUCAAGCACAGGUGUGGUUUUUGUCUCACCUGAAGGAAAGCCAGUUCCUCUUUCUUUCUAUUUAGAAUUCCAUUGUACCAAUAACAUCGCCAAGUAUGAGGCCCUGAUAGCAGGACUCUGUGCCGUGAUUGCCAUGGGAGUAAAGAACAUCCAAAUCCAUGGAGAUUAUGAACUUAUUGUAAACCAAGUGAUGGGUGCCUAUCGUGUUAAACAAUUGAAGUUAUCUUAG